GGCUAUAAGGGGAGAAGGGAGGCCAUCCAAAAAAAAUAAAUAACUUUCUACUCUUAAAGUUAAUAACUUCAGGACCAAAUAUUUAAUUUUUAUUAUAUCUGUAAAAUGUUUGUGUAAUUCUGUUUGUUGGCCCUGUGAUGUGUGUUGUGACCUGUCCAGGGUGUACCCCGGCCCUUGCACUGUGACCCCCGUGACCCUGAAGGAACAAGCGGUGACAGUUUUAAAUGAAACCAGCAGGUGGCACCAUUUACAUUUUACCUCCAUCUCUGCAGCUUUCUACAGAAGAGCAUCCUCUUUGGCUUUGUUUACAGGGACGGAGCCAGAAGUGUGGGGGUGGGGCCAACUCUGGUGCCCGCCAAAAUAACUGAAAGUGGUUGUUUUAUUUAUACAGAGGUCCAGGAUCAGGAGCUGCAGAUCCUCAUCAGUGGGACCACAUCUACCUGCAGCUACAGAGUAAUCGUUCACCCUGAAGGUCAGACCGUGCAAUGAGCUCAAACUACAGGCCUCAGUCAGAAGGUCAAAGGUCGUUGAUCUAAAAACAACAUGGCGGCGCAGCUUGGUUUCAUCUGAACCGCAAGACUUCUGGACCAGAACCAGACCAAAGGACAGAUGUUUCCCCAGAAUGCACUGCUGCAAACAGCUCCUCCCAGUUGUCAGCACGGCGGUGGAGGACCGAUGGUUUGGGCUUCUGCAGUCAGUCCAGUUCCUCCAGAACCAUGUCAGGUUGAGUGUGAGUCAUGAAAAAGGUUCUGCGAGCUGCUGGAUCAGGAACUGGAACCAGUUUUUCCUCAGCGGUCUGAAAAGACUCUGGAUUGUUUGGCUGCAAACACAAAAGCAGCUCAGGGUUGUGUCGAGGACACACAACACGAGCUGUUGCUCCAGAGGCUGAUGGACCGGUUCUGGCUCACAGUCUGCUCCCGGGACACGCCCCCCCACCCCCUGAGCUGCAGCUCAGUUUAACAUUAAAAGAGGAAAUCCUGGCAUCAGACUGAAGUCCGCCAACCGCACUCUUCAGCAGCUGCACUUCCUCCUACAUGUGCAGUCGCUGCCUCGUCACAGACGCUCACUGGAGGCUCCUCCAAGCCCAUGAUCGACCCAGGUCAGCACAGACUGAGGCUGUGACCCACAUCCCCGGACCCGCUGGACCCGUUCAGGGAGCAGGACUGAGAACUCAGGUGGAAAUGGAUGAGAGUUUGUCUCUGAACACUCGGAGGAGUUUCUCCUUUUCAUCUCUGCGCAUAAAAAAAAGGCAAAACAGUGAUAAUGAGGCUGGAUUUACACGAAGAAGAGGGUUACGCUCUUUUUCAUCGGCUCGAGAAACAUCCAGACAAGGUUUACCCACAGCGACGACGUCUCUUGUCCCAGAUGGAGCUGGAGCCUCAAAAACGAAUCGAGUCCAGGACCUGGUGAAGAAGUUUCAUGUGUCUGAAGGUGAGCCCCCUAAAGACCACCUCGUCGCUCCUGAUGCCUUUGUGAACCACAGUGUCGCUCCGCCAGGUGAAGAUGCCGAUCAUCCAGGGGUCUUCAAGAGGUUCAGCGCCCUGCUGCCCUCCUUCCGCAAAGGCAAACGAGACAAAGUCAAAGACUCGGAGCCUCCGGAGAUGCUGGACAACCCGCCGUCAGUGGAUAACGUGUCCAAACAGCCGCGCUGCGUCAGCGGACAGUACUUCUUUGAGUAUCUGGUGGUGGUCAGCCUGAAGAAGACCAAAGAGGGCGGCAGCUAUGAGCCUCAGAUCACCUACCAGUUUCCCAAGAGGGACACGAUGGCGAGGUUUCAGAAAGAGGAAGAGGAGAAGACCUUGAAGGCCAUCACGCUCUUCAGUUUUCCUGAAGGCAUCAGCUGGGCUCCGUUAACAGAGUACCACAGCGAGACUUUCUCCUUUGUUUUGACUGAGAUCGACGGCAGCAGGAGGAACGGAUACUGUAGGAGGUUACUGCCUGGAGGGAAAGGAGCUCGACCACCGGAGGCGUACUGCAUCAUCAGCACGCUGGCUUGUUUCGGCCUCUUCUCUGCGAUCAUCCGGCUGACCCGACCGCUGGACUCGUGGCUGGAGCACGUCAACUUCCACAUCCUGUUCGACAGCCUGAAGGACACCGAGGUGCUGCAGGUGUUCGCCGCCGCCGUCCUGGAGAGGCGGAUCAUCUUCAUCGCAGAGGAGCUGGGGAAGUUGUCUCAGGUCCUCCACGCCGUCGCAGCCCUCCUCUACCCCUUCACCUGGCAGCACACCUUCAUCUCCAUCGUCCCAGAGAUCCUGAUCGACGUGGUCAUGGCGCCCACCCCCUACCUGCUGGGAGUCCAGAAGCGCCUGCUGGACCUGGUCACGGACCAGAGCGACCGGUGGAGGAGCUGAACCGGGUGGUGUCCGAGGCCUUCCUGCACUUCUUCGUGAGGACGGUGGGACACUACGCCUCCUUCGUCAGGUACUCAGAGGGCGGCGGCGUGUUCGAGAAGAGGCGCUUCUACAAACACGUCGAGUCCAAAACCACGCGGCACUUUGUCAAAAAGUUCAUCCAGACCCAGAUGUUCGACCUGUUCAUCCAGGAGGUGGAGAAGCAGCAGCCGCCUGGACCUCAAGGAAUCUUCCAGAGAAAGAUUGUCGAGUACCAGAAGAAGCUGAGGAAACACUAGCUGAGCCCACGGCGCCGCACUCUGGAUGUAAAUAAAUAUAAAAAUAGGAGAAGAUGUGAAUAUGUUGCACUGUACCUUUUUGUUUUGUUGGUUUUGGUUUUUAAAUGUUUUAAAUGUAAAUUACUGAACGGCUGCUGCUACUACCCUCAGUGUCGAAACACUGGCUGGACCAGAGACCYGGCUCUGGUUCUGGUUCUGAGCCCUGCGGCUGCAGUCUGGUGAUCAUUUCAAAUAAAGACUAGUUCUUCAGGUCCGCCUUCAGGGAUCUGAAGUUCAGACUUUCAGAGGAA